AUGCUUUCCCAAUUGCUGUGUUGUCUCCCUCUCUGGAAACCAAUAUCACAGGACAAGUCGACCGAUGAGGACCGGCCUCGAGGGCAAUACAACAACCAGCAAUCUAAAAUGAAUUACAAGCCGAAGGGAAAUCCUACAUUGGGAAUGGCUUUUGGAGACGCUUAUACCCAGGAAGGCAGACCAAGUACAUUGCACUCAACGAGUAGUCCAUACAUCCCGACAGUUACAUCUUGUUACCGCCCAGAUCCACCAGGUUUGAAUGGGGCGACUUUUGAGCUAGCAGGAGAUAGUAAACAUUAUACUAUCGAGGAAAUUGUGAAGGACUCAGCCCUCGAUAGAGCAGUUAUUGAGUGGAACGGUGGUUAUGAGACCUUUAUGCAAGUCCAGCGAUGGAUUUUCGCUGAUUCUUAA